AUGCCUGAAGAGUCUACGAAUUAUACUAUAGGCGAUAUAGAAUCAGAAGACUCUGAUCCUGAAUCUAAAUCUAAAUCUAAAUUUGGGCUAAGUGAUUCAAAAGGGAUUAGCUUAAUAUUUAGAUCUCAGACUUCAUCAUCUUAA